UCCUGCUGUAACAUGACUGUUAUUACAUGCUUGUCGCUCACAUUCUAUUCAUCAGGCAAACAUGGCCAACCAAGCAAAUAUGGCCGCUCAACGUGCUGGUCAAGUACCUAAUCAGCAGCAGAUAAUGAAUGCUCCGGGGCGAACUCCUAAUGGUAUGCCACACCCUGGGGCGCCCGCUAUGGCGGCCAACACGCCAAACGGAAUCUCCAACGGAUUGCCAAAUGGAAUGCCAGCUGGGAUGCCCCAUGGUGUCGGUCCCAACCAAGCUCGACCUCAUAUGCAGGGUAUGUCUGGUGGUACACCUGUUAAUGGAGCCAUGCCGCCCAACCCGAUUGCAGUGAAGAUGAUGCAACAACAGCCCAGCAUGCAGCACAAUGCUGCUGCUCGUCCUGGGAUGCCCAUGCAGACUUCUCCAGAUAACGCCCGCGUCAUCCGCGAAGCCAACCGGCUACAAGAGCAACAGCGAAUGCUGCAAUCAAGGCAACAGCCACCGCCGCAUCCUCAUCAACAGCAGACCCAACCCCAGCAGCCCCAACAGCAAUUCCACAGCCAGCAGCAAUUCGUGCCACAAGGCUCUCAUUCUCCGAACCUUAACAUGCCGAAUGUCAACGGGACCCCUAACAAUCCAGCCAUGAUGGCUGCACUGCAGGCCUCCGGUGGAAUGCAAAGCCCCAACUUUCACAAUACCACUCCACAGGGCGUCUCGACGCCGUCCCCCCGGAUGGGUCAGCCGAAUCUGCUCUCUGGCAGUAUGGUGCCUACAAUCAGCAGCCUGCAAACCCAGAUUCAACGAAGCAACCCAAACAUGCCUCCAGAGCAAGUCACCAAGUUAGCUACGGAUCGCUUACAUCAGUUCCAGCAGCAGCGUAUGACGCAGGUUGCCAUGAGUAAUGCAGCUGGCAACAUCGGCGCUGUUCAGGCUAAUUAUCAAGUCUCGCAUGAUGCCAAUUUCCAAUCGCCCCAGGCUGCGAUGAGUGGUGGGCCGGGAGUUCCAGUACAGGCUCAGGGCUUUUCGCCCAUGAUGCGUGUUCCCCAGCCAGCACAGCAAAACCGAGUUGCUGCUGUAGGAAGCUCUCCAUCCAUGAAUGGCGCUGUUCCUCAACCCAGCCGCAGUGUUACUCCACAGACCCAGCGCAGUGGUAGCGUUCAAGCUGGUCCAGUGCCGGGCGCUGCGAAUAAGAGUCCCAACCCUCCUCAGGCUCAGACGGCAACUAGCUGAAGUUGUCGAACAGAUUAGGCUACUAGACCAAUCUCUGAUAUCUUGUCUCUUCUACUCUUCCGCUGUACAUAUUUAUCCCCCCUUCUUACUACCUUUUAUUCUACCUUUCCGUGUUACUCCUUGGACCAUUUCCGCCAUGAAACCAGCCUUUUGAUGGCACAGACUUCCCUUAGCCUCACAUGAACCCUUCUCGCCUUCCCCGACUCACUUUCUACCUUCACCCUCUUCCUUCAGCUUACUCACCCGCUAUUGUUACCCCUUCUUUUUCUUUCUCCAUCAUCUGCGACUUCUCACGCUAUUGAGGUUCGGCUUGCACUUGAACGUUCCGGGGGACUUAUUGUGUCAAUUCUCUCUGCGCUUUUGUACUACAUGUAUUGAUAGGACGGAUACAAAAGGAUGGCGCCGAGGAUACAACUUGGAAGGCCAAUUGGAAUGGGAUGGGCUCGAAAGAUAUAAUGAACCGCACGACUGUAUGAUUACUGCUUACUUUGUUA